AUGACCGUUUCGAUCAACUUGAACUCUCGCAGCAAACCAGUCAAAAGCUCAGAAAUCAAGCUCGACAAAUUCUCUUCGUUCACCCAAGUUUGUAUCAAAGACAUCAAGGCAUACAUCCACUCUACCUAUCGGCUCGAUCCUUCUAGACAACGAUUGACAACAGCGGACAAGAAAGUGUUGGAUGAUCCCCAGAAAUCGUUGGGCGAUUAUGGCUUGAAAGAGGGCGACCAAAUCCUCUUCAAAGACCUUGGCCCACAAAUUUGUUGCUUGAUCGAAGUCCUCCAUCUUGAGGAUAACAUAGAAAUGGUGCUCACGUUUCUUAUCCCCUUUCAAUCCGAAUACAAACACUUUGGAUCGGACCACCCCCCGUCUUUGACAGUUCGGCCCAUUGUUGAUCCACCCGCUCUUUUAUCUAUCAAACCCGAUCUCCAAUAUGCUCUAUGGAGGUCCCGUCAAUCACAGUCGAUUACAGAACGUGAACUGGAGACGAUUCUUGUACAUCGGUUCUCAAAUGCGACGAUGCCAUUCCGAAACAUCUUCAAAAACUCGUUUCAUUAUUGGGUUCUCUCAGGGUUCCUACUCGCCGGUCCGAUCUAUGGACAUGCUUCUUCGGCGGUCAAGACUCAAGGAAGUCUGCUGGACUCAUCGGUGUGGCUAUAUGCGUGGUCGGCCGUAUGGGCCUUUGCAGAAAUCUCAAAUCUCCUAGUACAUUUACAUCUAAGAUCACUAAGGCCAGCCGGAAGCAAGAAGAGAUCGCUACCGCUCGGAGGCUACGGAUUCAGUUUAGUCUGCUGUCCGAACUAUUCCUUCGAAACCCUGGCCUGGUUUUCCUAUACCGCCAUGGUCGGCUUCCAUUGGGCGGGCUGUUUGUUCAGCUUGAUUAGCUUCAUUCAGAUGGCGCUUUGGUCGGCUAAGAAACUGAAAAAUUAUCGCCAAGAGUUCAAGGGACAAGUCCCCUCUCAUUGGAAAUCUAUCAUCCCUUUUGUCUUCUGA